GCGGCCGAGGCCGAGCCCGGCGAUGGCUGCAGCGGGGCCGGCGCAGCAGCUCCAGGUGGCGUUCGAGGACGUCGCUCUGUAUUUCACCCGGGAGGAGUGGGAGCUCCUAUCCCAGCCAGAGAAGCAGCUGUACCGGGACCAGAUGCUGAGGAAUUACUGGGCCCUCGUUUCCCUGGGCUAUUCAGGUUCCACACCGGACUUAAUCCAACGGCUCGAGUUAGGGGAGGCAGAGCUCUGGAUCAGGGAUGCCGAGGACUCCAGGGAAAACUCAGGACCUGACAGCCCCUCCUCAGCAGGGCAUGAGAUCCUGGGAGGAACGAGGACAUGGUCUGGCUGUGGCAGGAGCUUCAGCCAGUCCUCAGUCCUGAAAAUACACCCGCGUACGCACACCGGAGAGCAGCUGUACUGCUGUGCUGAUUGCGGGAAGGGCUUUGCAUGGAGCUCAAAUGUGAGAACACACCAGCACACGCACACUGGGGAGCGACCACACCGCUGUGCUGAUUGCGGGAAGGGCUUUGCACAAAGCUCACACCUGAGAACUCAUCAGCACACGCACACCGGGGAGCGUCCGCACCGCUGUGCUGACUGCAGUAAGGGCUUUGCAGAGAGGUCACACCUGAGAAUACACCAGCGCACACACACAGGGGAGCGGCCAUACCACUGCGCUGACUGUGGAAAGGGCUUUGCAGAGAGCUCAAGCCUGAGAAGACACCGGCGCACGCACACCGGAGAGCGGCCAUACCGCUGUGCUGACUGCGGCAAGUGCUUUGCACAGAGCUCAAUCCUGAGAAGACACCGGCGCAUACACACGGGGGAGCGGCCGUAUCACUGUGCUGACUGUGGCAAGGGCUUUGCACAGAGUUCAAGCCUCAGAAGACACCGGCGCACACACACCGGGGAGCGGCCGUACAGCUGUGGUGACUGUGGCAAGAGUUUUGCAGAGAGCUCAAACUUGAGAACACACCAACACACACACAGCGGGGAGCUGCCACACCGCUGUGAUGUUUGCAGCAAGAACUUCAGCAACACCAAUGCGCUGGCCAAGCACCAGCGCACACACACCGGGGAGAGGCCUUUCCAAUGCACUGACUGCGGCAAGAGCUUUGCAGAGAGCUCAAGCCUGAGACGACACCGGCGCACACACACCGGGGAGCGGCCAUACAGCUGUGCUGACUGUGGCAAGCGGUUUGGUAGAUUGGCCAACCUCACUCGGCACCAGGUCACUCACACCAACACCCCUCUGCCAUUGCCAGGGCCUGAGGGGCUUCUUGGAGCUAGUGGGCCUGACAAAGCACCAGCAGAUGCAGACCAGCGAGUGGUCCUGUCCCCCUGAUGACCAGCAGAGACUGUGUGGGGCGGGGAAGGGAACUUGGUUGAGCAGCGUGGGGAAGAGCAGACCGGUGGUAGGAAAUUUAGAUAAUUGUCACAGCGUACUCCGUUAGGGAGCUACCCCCUUUUCCCCCAUGUCGGUGGGAUCCAACUAUGUGUCUCUGUCCCACACACACUCAAGCAUCUAGCUGGGAUGUAGCCAGGACAACCCCCUCCCCCCGGUCUAGAUGGGACCCAGCCAGGAACUUCUCCCCACACCUACCUCGGUUCCAGCCAGCAGGUGACCCUUGGGUGACAGCUAGAGGUGGGAUUUGCAGUCCUGUGGGGCUGGGCAGGACAGGACUUGCCUGGUCCAUGUAAUUGAAAGAAGACUCAGGAACUGCUCAUUCCAUCUAUUUUAAAUAGAAAUAUGAUGAAGAAGAACUAUGUACCUAAUGUGAAACAAAGGUCUGUCUAGUCAGGUGUUUCUUUGCUAUUAAAGAAGCUGAUGGGUUCAGAUGGCAUGUGGAGAAGCUAGUGUGAAGUGUAAAUCUUUAAGGUGAACCAGUGAAAAUGUUCUAAGCCCUAACUGUCUGUAAGGCGGUCGCGGCUCUCUCCCCGUCCGUCAGGAGGCUGUGCAGUCCCAGCUGCGCUUGAGCCGUAGGAAUUGGGAUACCUACAGGCAGAUUUCUCUAGGCUUGUGUGAAAAGGGCUGUGGUCAGGACACGCUGCAGUGCAGAGCGAAGAUAAAGGAGAUAAGGCAGGCAUACCAUAAGGCGAGGGAGGUGAGCUGUCGUUCAGGUGCUUCACCUAAGACCUGCUGGUUCUAUAAGGAGCUGGACGCUAUCCUCGGUGGCAACCCCACCUCCAUUGCCAAGAGCCCCGUGGAUACUUCAGAGGGCAUGGGGCGGCGGAAAGAGGACCUAAGCCAGAGGAUGAAGUUAUUGAUGAAGAGUGGAGUUAGAUGAGGAUGUGCAGCUCCUGGCGGGGUCGCCCAGUGGGGCAGGAAGCCAGGAACUGUUCUCCACUCCAGAGGUGUCUAGCCAGACUCAGCAGUUGCUCUCAAGGGAGCAAGAAGCAGGAGGUGAGAUGCCUGGAAACUUUCCCACUUCAUUCGGCAAUCACUUGUGCAGGGACCAAAGCGGCACACAGAUGUGGCCUUCCGGAACACCCCACGCAUGCUGGCCGAGCGUCUCCACCAGAUAAGAAAGUGCCCAAGAUGCAGCAAAGAAG